AUGAUGAAUACAUUGACUUCCCUCAUUCGCCCUUCAUUUUCUUUCCCAAAUCACACCGACCGACAGUGCAAGAUCUUCAAUACCACUCCAGCAAGCCCUCUUCUACCAGAAAUUGCAAGUGUUACGCAAACCCCAAUUGGUCGUUACCCUUUCCCCGGCGCCGGUGGCACAAAAUUUUCACGAGGCUUGACUAUCCAGAGCAUUUAUUACUCCGACACUCCAGCAACAAACCACAUGGAUCUACCUUCCAGUGAGAUUGGCGACGGCGCACAGCAUGCACCGUUCAGGGCACCCAGAGCUGCAAGUGAGGGAGGAUCGAGAAGAAAUGCGAGGUGGAACCCCACGGAGAGGAUGACAUUCAUAGCUGCCUACGAAACGACAAUUGUCGGAGGCCAUCGGCAUGGCAGGUGCUUCACCAAACAAGACUGGGAGCGCGUGGUUUCGUUGUUCAAUUCGUCAUCCGGCCAUAAUUGGACAAAGUAACAGCUCCAGAACCACUGGGACGCAAUGCAUCACGAUCACGGGCGCCUUCGCGAUCUCCUGUCCUCCAGCGGGGUCCAAUAUGAUGAGUCCAUGGGCGGGGUUGUAGCAUCCGAAGAAUGGUGGGUGAGAAAAAUCAGGGUAAGUUCUGGCCUCUCAUCUGGUACCACAUGUUCUGUUCUCAGUUAAUGCUUUUUAAACCAAUGUCUUAGAAAAAGAGGGAGACAUGUUUUGCUGCGUCUUGAAUAACUCCAAUUGCAGAGAACAAAUGGUUUAACUCCAAUUGCAUCAUCUUUGACCCCAUUUCGUUUAGUAACAAAUAAGACAGAAUUCUGACUCUGCAAACCUCUCUAGAGAGAUUCGUAUUUAGCUUAGAGUUCCUACCAUGGCUGCAAUUGGACUUUCUAGAAAUUUUAGAGCUUCAAUGGCAUUAUUUGUUCCAGAAUCGGAAUUUUCCAAUAAUACUUCAGUCUAUUUUAGUGAAGUUAAGAACUGAAUGAAAUAUGUCUCUUUUAGGUUAACAAAAAAAUUGUGUGCAGAGUGAGAGAAAGAGGCCCAACAGAAGAAAGGUGGUUAAAGACUCAACUAUAUACACAUACUUGUAUAGAGUUAUAGUGAUAUAGAUAAAGGUGGAAAGAGAGAUCAAGGGUAGGGGGAGACUGGAGUUGAAGAGGAUUGAGAACAAGAUUAACCGGCAUGUGACAUUUGCGAAACGAGGAAAUGGGUUGCUCAAGAAAGCCUAUGAACUUAGAUAAUUCUUAAUUAUUGAAUUU